AUGGCCCUCGGGGCCGCGGUCGCGGCUUGGAGCGUGGCCGCCGCGCCCGCCUCCGGCUUCGACCCUCUGACCGACUUCGAGGUGAUCCACAAGCGCAACGUCUGGGCGCCCAUCACCUCCGAGGACAACCUCGCCGUGUGGAACCUGCUGCACGCCCCCGAGUCCGGCCUCAACCUGACCCUGCCCGGCCAGGCCAAGCUCACCGACAACUACGUCUUCUGGAUCGACACCCUGCACACCAACAAGUCCUCCGUCCUGCCCUACCUCGAGGCCACCGACACCUGCGGUACCCCCGCCCCGCCCAAAUACGCCCGCGCCAUCAUCUUCCGCGGCGCCAUCGAGGAGCCCGACUCGCAAGAGUUCAUGAUCGGCCCCUUGCCCGUCAGCGAGGCCACCAAGAUCGAGAAGCUCGACUACAUCUACAACGGUGGUAGCGGCGGCAGCAUCCCCUUCAACGGCCGCUACUUUGACUCGGUCCGCUCGGCGGCCACCGAGCCCCUCCUGCUCUCCGUCAUGGCCGAGGUCGCCGACAUCACCGAGAAGCUUAUUGGUGGUGUCUACUACGGCAGCCGGGAUAACCGCACCACCCUCUCCAGCACGGCCGGUACCCCCAUGUCGUACGACGGCAGCACCACCUACAGGACCGUCAUGUUCCGCUACCCCGGCACCGCCACCUACCUCACCCCGCUCGACUUCUUCGUCAUGCUCGACUGCCCCGGCCAGAACCCCGACGACUUCAAGCUCAAGGGCCUCGUCACCAACUCUAGGUUCUUCCCCACCGUCGCUGACCUCCGCGCCGCCUGGGAUGCCGGCGAGAUCACCGAGGAGUUCCAGCAGACCCGCGACGCUUCGUGGGCCCUGCUCGACUACAAGCCCGAGCUCGGCGUCCGCGACCUCGAGGACCGCAUGGCGCCCCAGACCCUCGAGAUUGGCGGUAAGCGCUACAAGCUCGACGAGGAGCAGCGUUACGUCGAGUACAUGGGCUGGUCGUUCUACCUCAGCUUCACCCGCUCCCUCGGCGUCAUGCUCUACGACAUCAAGUACAAGAACGAGAGCGUCAUCUACGAGCUUUCCCUCCAGGAGGCCGCUGCCCAGUAUGCUGGUCGCACGCCCAAGGCUGCUUCUACCGUGUACCACGAUACCUACUAUAGCUUGGGAACUGACGCCGGUACCCUCGUCGAGGGCUUCGACUGCCCCUUUGGCUCCACCAUGCUGCCCAUCACCUACUUCUCCGGCAACACCUCCGUCACCCAGCCCGAUGCCAUCUGCAUCUUCGAGGCCGAUUUGGGAAUCCCCAUCUCACGUCACCGAUCCGGCUCCUCCAACAGCAAGGGCUUCGCCAACCUCGGAACCGUCAAGGGCACUGCGCUUACCGUCCGGUCCAUCGCCACCAUUGGCAACUACGAUUACAUGUUCGACUACCAGUUCCACCUUGAGGGCUCUCUCGAGGUCUCCGUCCGCGCUUCCGGUUAUCUCCAGUCCUCGUUCUACUACCCCGAUCAGAACAAGUGGGGUUCCAGGGUUCAGGUCGCUACUCAGGGUUCGUACCACGACCACGUCCUAACCUACAAGGCCGACUUCGACGUCGCCGGCACCAGCAACAGCCUGCAGGUCAGCGAGCUCGUCAUCGUCAACCAGACCCAGCCCUGGUUCCCCGAGCUCGGCGAGUUCGAGCAGAUGGAGCUCAGCAUCAGCACCAUGAAGGAGGAGCAGCAGUUCAACUGGCCCGCCAACGGCGAGGCCAUGUACUGCAUCAUCAACGAGAACGAGACCAACCAGUGGGGCGAGAAGCGGGGGUACCGCAUCAUCCCCGGCAAGUCCAACAUCCACCUCACCCCCAUGAACUCGCCCUUCACCCGCCACCAGACCGCCUUCGCCAAGAGCCACCUCGCCGUCACCGUCCAGCACGAUAACGAGCCCUACGCCAACAGCGUCCAGAACAGCGUCGAGAACAGCGACAUCGUCCUCUGGUUCAACCUCGGCAUGCACCAUUUCACCCGCGCCGAGGAUAUCCCCGUCACUCUGUACACCGAGGCCGUCAGCUCCAUCGUCUUCGCGCCCCAGAACUUCAACGACAGGGCUCAGGAUGGUGAUCUUCUCAACCGCCGCUGGCUCACUACUGACUCUGAGACUGGCGAGAUGAACGUCGAGACCUAUGGUGUUGCUAUUCCCCAGUGCAACAUCAACCUUCCCGAGCCCGGUGCCGGUGUCGAGGACAUCAUCCAGGUUUAA